AAGAGAAGCAGGACAGCUGAAGCCACGGAAUGAGCCGGUGGGAGCCAGGGCUGGAUGCGGAUUGCCAACGCAGGCAGUAGGUGACUGAGAUGGGCGUUCGUCUAGGCCACUUGAGCGACUCCCCGUGGUGGUGGCCGCUACUGCUGCUAUUGCUGCUCUGCAAUGCCCCCUGGUGCCAAGGUCGGCCUUUCGCAACGCCCUUGCCAGCAGUCAACGUGGCGGUGGUGUUCAGUGGAUCGGCCUACCAGCAGGAGAUCAAGGGGCGUCUCAGCAGGGAGAACUUCAUGGACCUGCCCUUGGAGGUGAAUCCCAUCACAGUGCUGGUAAACAACACCAACCCUCGGGCCCUGCUCACACGCAUCUGUGACACACUGGCGGCCAACCGCGUACAUGGUGUGGUGUUUGAAGACAACAUCGGCUCGGAAGCCGUGGCACAGAUCCUGGACUUCAUUGCCCUGCAGACGGCCGUGCCCAUCGUGGGCAUCAGCGGGGGCUCCGCCAUGGUCCUGCCACACAAGGGCGACGGCUCCACGUUCCUCCAGCUGGGCUCCUCCAUCGAGCAGCAGAUAAACGGCAUGUUCAAGGUGAUGGAGGAGUACAACUGGGACAGCUUCGUGGUCAUCACCAGCCUGUACCCGGGCUACGAGGUCUACGUGGACUAUGUCAAGACCUUCACUGACACCAGCUACUUCAUGUGGGAACUGCAGGACGUGCUGACCUUCGACAUGUCUGCCGAUGGCAUGAAUGACAUCCGGGCACGGCGCCUGCUGCAGCAGAUCGACGCCCAGGUACUGCUGGUAUACUGCUCCCACGAGGAGGCCCAGUACCUGUUCAGAAUGGCCGGAGAGGCCGGCCUGCUGGGGCCUGGCUACAUCUGGAUCCUCCCUAGCCUUGCCGUGGGGAACCCAGACAUGCCCCCACCAAACAGCUUCCCUGUGGGCCUCAUCAGCAUCAUCACCGACCACUGGCGGAUGAGCCUGAGGAAGAGGGUGCGGGAUGGGGUGGCCAUCGUGGUCAAAGGGGUGCAGAGCUUCCACAAACAGAGGGGCUUCAUCCCCGAGGGCCACAACGACUGUCACAGCCCUGUUAGGGCAUCUUCUAAUGAUACACUGUUCAGGCACAUGUUAAACGUAACAUGGGAACACAACGACUUCUCGUUCAACCCUGAAGGGUAUCUGAUCAACCCAGCUAUGGUCAUCAUCACCUUAGAUCGAGAGAGACAGUGGGAUAAGGUGGGGAACUAUGAGAUGGGGAUCCUGCAGAUGAGAUACCCGGUGUGGCCUCGCUACGGCACCUAUCUGGAGCCCGUAUCAGAUAACAGACACUUGACUGUGGCCACACUGGAGGAACGUCCCUUUGUCAUAGUGGAGGCUGUCGACCCCAUGACUGGGACCUGUGUCAGCAACACUGUGCCCUGCCGCCGCCAGUCCAACAAGACAGAGACUAUUGUAGGUCAUACUGAGCCCUACACCAAACUGUGCUGUAAGGGUUUCUGCAUAGACAUCCUGAAGAAGCUGUCCCGCACCACCAAAUUCUCAUACGACCUCUACCUGGUCACCAACGGGAAGCACGGCAAGCUGGUCAGAGGCAGUUGGAACGGCAUGAUCGGAGAGGUGGUAUACAAGCGGGCGGACAUGGCCAUUGGCUCGCUGACCAUAAACGAAGAGCGCUCAGAAAUUAUCGACUUCUCCGUGCCGUUUGUGGAGACGGGGAUCAGUGUGAUGGUCGCCAGGAGCAAUGGGACCGUCUCACCCUCUGCCUUUCUUGAGCCCUACAGUCCGGCGGUGUGGGUGAUGAUGUUUGUGAUGUGCUUAACGGUGGUAGCUGUCACAGUGUUUAUCUUUGAGUACUGCAGCCCUGUGGGGUACAACCGGAGUCUGGUGAGCGCCAAGGAUCCCGGAGGCCCCACCUUCACUAUUGGGAAGUCUGUGUGGCUGCUGUGGGGCAUCGUCUUCAACAACUCUGUUCCAAUUGAGAACCCCAAGGGCACCACCAGCAAGGUCAUGGUCCUGGUAUGGGCCUUCUUCGCUGUCAUCUUCCUGGCCUCCUACACUGCCAACCUGGCAGCCUUCAUGAUCCAGGAGCAAUACACUGACACAGUCUCUGGACUGAGUGACAAAAAGUUCCAGAAGCCACAGGAGCAGUAUCCACCGUUUCGUUUUGGUACGGUCCCAAAUGGAAGCACAGAGAGGAACAUCCGGAGCAACUACCCUGAGAUGCAUGCCCACAUGGUCAAAUACAACCAGAAGGGUGUGGAGGACGCCCUCAACAGCCUCAAAUCAGGGAAACUGGAUGCCUUCAUCUAUGACGCUGCUGUGCUGAACUACAUGGCAGGUAAAGACGAGGGCUGUAAGCUGGUGACCAUCGGCAGUGGGAAGGUCUUUGCCACCACGGGCUACGGCAUCGCCUUGCAGAAGGAGUCCCGAUGGAAACGUCCUAUAGACCUGGCCCUGCUCCAGUUCCUAGCGGAUGGUGACACACAGAAGCUGCAGACGGUGUGGCUCACAGGGAUCUGUCGUAACGAGAAGAAGGAGGUGAUGAGCAGUAAGCUGGACAUUGAUAACAUGGCGGGCGUCUUCUACAUGCUGCUGGUGGCCAUGGGGCUCAGUCUCCUGGUAUUCAGCUGGGAACAUCUGCUCUACUGGAAGCUGAGACACUCAGUACGCAAGUCUGAACGCCUCGACUUCCUGCUCGCCAUCAGCAGGGGAAUCUACAGCUGCUUCAACGGUGUGGAAGACUCUGACCGCAACGGAAACCUGCAGAACCCUGACGUCACCACCAACUACAACCAGGCCAACAUGCUGAAGAUGCUGCAGACAGCCAAGGACAUCGUGACCUCGACCAGAGUGGAGAACUCCCUGGACAAUGCCACCAAGACCAUAGAGAGCUGGAGCCGGCGAGGAGCCGACAAUGUGCGGGUUGGCCUGCCGCCUCGGGUGGCAACCACUAUAGACAUGGGCCACAGCCGCCUGCCCUACAUCUCCAGCAUCACGGACAACCACUCGCCCUACCCCCAGAGGGCGCUCGCUUCCACCUUCCCCAUCCACUACUCGGACAGCGCCACCCAGCCCCUGCUGGACAAAUCCAGGGUGGUGACGCGGCCUACCCCACUACGCUACACCCUUCCGGCCCGUGGCAGCCACCACUUCUACGAGAGAACCCUACCCAUCUCCAGCCUCAGCAGCCCCCACAUCGCCAUGAGGGACCCUGCUCCCCCCAGCACCUCCAGUCACAACCCACACCCCAGCAGCAGGCUGUAUGUGGAGAGCCAGCCCCGGCACCCCACCUCCCCAUUUGUCCCCUACAGAGAGUUCCAGGUGCCUGACAUCUAUGUGGAACACCACAAGGGGCCCCUGGGACGGAAGUUCAGCUACCCCCCUGACCACAUGGGCAGGAAGAAGAGGUCCCACAGCUACGUGUUUUCUGAGGCCCAAGACACCAGGGGGAGGAACGACUAUGAUGAGCCAACCUCCUGUCUGGCUGAGCUGAGGGCCAACCACCUCCUGAACAACCACGCCCCUUCUACAUCAACCAUGGCCUGCAUGGGGGGCCACUACCCCAGCGGCAGCGCCAGCUGCAACUCCUGCAUGAAGCCCUACCUGGAGCCUGAAAUGGAGGAUGUGCCCUUGCUGGGGAAGGACAAGGUCAACCGCCGGGCCUCUUUUCUCAAGGCCUCCUGGAGCAGUGACAGGAUCCGCCAGCUGGGCGAGAAGCCCUCCACCUCCACUAUGCCUGACCUGUUCCCCCGCGUAGUGGUGGCCAACCCCAAGCCCCACAAGCUGUAUGGCAGCCAGGGGAACAACCUGUGCUACCCCCUGGCCGCUGAGCCUGCCUACCUAGACCCGGCUCAUAUGCGUUCCUACCCCUACAAGCAGCAGAAGCUCAAGUGCUCCCAGUCCACCCGGCUACCAUCCUACAGGGAGGCUAUCCUGCAGAACGCAGCCGCCUUGCGGCGCUCCUCUUCCACUGUGGUGCACAGACACUACUCCACCUACCUGAACUCCUACACAGACCUGCCUGUAUACGUGGGGCCACUGCCCCAGGGGCCCGGGCCAUUCUACAACAAGGACAUGUGCCACUUAUUCCCCUGUGCAAGCCACUGCCCUAACAACAAUGCCCUUGUGCCCCGUAUGGGGGACCAACAGGUAGUGUACCAGAACAAUAUGUUUGGGGGCUACGAGGGCGCGGUGGGGCGGUCGCGAGAGGAGCCCCCCCUGCCCGGGUCUGGGAGCAGGGAUCGGAGGGAGGUCCUGGUGGCCAGAAGAGUCAACAGUCCCUAUGUGCCAAAGACCUGGGGCAGGGUAUCCAGUCUGGAGUCUGAGGUCUGAGCCCUCCCCCUCCAUAUCUUCAGGCUGAUGGACUAUCCCUCCCUCUGGGGAGGGGAAAGCCUACCUGCGGCCUCCCCCUCAGCCAUUGGUUUAGGCAAAAACUAAUGAAUUAGCUACCAACAUGGAUGACUUGAGUGUUUACUCAGUGCAAUAAUAUCCUUGGCUGAUGGAAGGAAGUAGAGGACAUUGAAAGGCUGUUACUGCUGGGACAUUGUCAAGUAAACAUUAAACGAUAAGAAAAGAAUGUUGAAUAGUAUUUAAUACCUUCAAAGUUAACCUGUUGAUUGUUAUUUAAAAUAUUUUUAAAUGCUGUCUUGCUGUGAGAGAGAGACCUGGAUGACAAUACACUAGCCGCUCACUCAGUUAAGACACAUUUUACUUUUCUCUUCAAUCAUUUCGGUAUCCUUCCAUUUAAAUUUAGACACAUAAAAAGAGAAUACUUUUGUUAUCAAACCACAGAAAAUGUCUUCCACGACUUUUGUAAGUCCAGGAGCUCUGGUCACUGAUAUAAUUUGACUUGGAUUUUAAAAGGGAAAAUGUUUAAUUAUCAUCUGUAUUUCCAUUGUUACUCUACACUUUAAUAAAUGACAAGGCCACUUCAAGGCCCUUUUGGAAUUGUCUAUAUUUUCCUUUUCUGAGUAAAACUCCACAUAUGGUCUGUAAUGCCAGCAGAAUGGAAUAGCAGGUCAGGUCCCAGGACUCUAGAUGUUUGUCUGCUUCAGUUGAUUAAGUGGGCCACCUCUGUUGACUCAUCCAGAAAGGUCACUGGAUAUCAGAUCCAAUAGACAGCGCUGUGUUCAGUUCACAUGCCAACAAUAGGGCAGACAAAUUUGUAUUUUACUAACACCCUACAUAACCUGUUCAGAAACUGUGAUAUGUCAUCAAUCUAUCAAAUCACUGUAUGAGUAUUCUGCUGAACAUCAUAAAUACAUUUUAAAAAGAUUGA